AUGGCACCUAUUUCCGUCCCUGGAGUAAAUGUACCUCUCAUCACUGGCCCAUUGAUACUUGGCUAUAUGUGGGGAUACGGCCUCUUUGGCAUUCUCACAGUUCAGAUGUAUAUCUAUUAUAUCCAUUUCAACCACAAAGACACAUGGAAGACGAGAUUAUAUGUGUGGCUUAUAUUCCUUCUCGAGGUCAUCUUUACUAUUUUUUCAACUAUCGCGGCCUGGAAUCUAUAUGCUGAUGGAUGGGGUGAUGUGGAUAUGCUUUCCUACAUCGAUUGGUCCUGGGAGCCCCUUCCUGCACUCAACGGAACCAUUUCGUCCAUGGUUCAGACAUUUUAUGUCUGGAGAAUUUACAACCUUACGAAAAACAUCUGGAUCUGUAUCUUUAUUGAAAUUGUUGCUGUUGUACAAUGUGUGUUUGCCUAUUACUUCGGCAUAGCGGUGUCAGUGGAAGGCUUAGGUGUCAGUAAGCUCAUUGAGUUAACACCUAUGGUUAGCACAUGGCUAGCCGGGAGUGCGGCUUGUGAUGUGCUGAUCACCUCCGUGAUCGUCUAUGUUCUAUGGCAAGCAAGUAGUCGCUCGACGUUCAGUCAGACGACAAAUGCAGUCACAAAAAUUAUCCGCUUCACCGUUGAGACGGGGUUACUCACUUCCGUAGCUGCUGUGGUGGAGUUAGUCCUGUGGUUAAUCCAGCCUCGGUAUUAUGUCCAUUUCAUUGGAUUUCUCGUCCUCGGAAAGCUGUAUUCAAACGCCCUCGUCGCUACCUUGAAUUCAAGAGCCCUUGUCUUCGGUGCCAUUCAAAACGGACCCUCCAACUUGUCGAGAUCGAUACCACAUUCUUCGAGUUCUUUCUGGAACGAAGUUGGACCAAAGAUUACAACGGUUGGAGCACAAACUGUACAGGUAACACGGACCACUGAAAUCCACGAGGAUGACGACUCCCAUGAGAUGAUCGUUGUAUCGGGUGUCAAGAGAGACAAGAAUACUAUAAGCCUUGAAAUUGACAGCAAUGGCGGACAAAAGUAUUAUGGGCAUCACCUGUGA